AUGUCGGCGGUGAUGAGCACGCUGUCCAUGAUCAGCGGCACUCGUCGCGCGCACCGCAAGCUCGCCUGCAGUCGCAAGUCCGGUCAGUUCUCUGACGCGGGGGAGGAGCGCUCGCGCAGCCAACAUGACCUCCACAAGCAGCAGCGGUCUGCGUCACUGUUGUCGUGCGUAGGCGCACGUUGGUCGCCAGGGGCGCCCGCGCACCUCGAUCGCAUCGACAUAAUUGACGGCUCGGACCUGUACCUUUAUACCGCGGGCUUUGUGCUUACUCUACUGCGCUUUGAUUGUAUAAAUGAGUGCAUUGUGAUGAUGAUAAACUGGAAUAAAACAGGAAGUACUCCGAUGAAGCUAAUGUUUAAUUUUGUGUGGGAAAGCCACACGAAUAAUCUCUACUUAUCGCUGCUGACCAGACCCAUCGGCUAG